AUGACGCUGGAGUCGCACCUGUUGGCGGCGGCGCUGGGCGCGCUCGUGCCGUCGUUCCUGCUGCUGCAGCAGCUCGAGAAGCAGUGGAUCCGGGAGCUGCCUCCGCAGUGCAGCGGCGUGCUCGACAGCGUGCUGUGGCUGGCGCCCGACGCCGUCUUCCCGCACCUGGAGUGCCUCGGGGUCCCGGGCCGCGCGCUCUACGUGGACUUCUACGUGUUCGACCUGCUGCUCUUCCCGCUCAUCUACUCGACGGCGCUGCUGGGGCUGCUGCGUCGGCUCUGGCCGCGUCGCCACUUGGUCUGGAGUCUGCCGCUGGUCGCGGCGCUCUGUGACGUGGCCGAGAACGUCUCGAUCCUGCAGCUGCUGCGGCAGUUUCCAGAGCGCUGGCAGACGCUCGAGGGCGUCGUCAGCGUGCUCACGCGGAGCAAGUGGGUCGCCGUCUUCUCGGCGAUCGCGUUCGUGCUGGUCGGCGCGCUCAAGUGGAUGACGCAGAGGGGUGAAACCAAGCCGAAGGAGAAGCUCAAUAGUGGCAAGAGACAGUGA